AUGCGACGAGAGUCGCAGCAUGAGCGCGACGAACGGGUCAAUGACCUGUGGGAGACCCUGGAUGUUCGCCGCAGCGGACAUGUGGACUUGAAAGACUUCAAGAGGGGUCUGAAGAAGAUGGACCAUCAACAACCCGCAGCAUAUGUGCGAGUGCUAACGGUUAUACCAGCCCUAAAAAAUGCAGACUCUCUUUUAAAGGACAUCCUAGCAGCCGUUGACACGAGUGGAGACGGCCAGAUGCAGUUCAAUGAAUUUCGAAUAUUUGUCGAACACGCGGAGAGAGAGCUCUGGCAGCUUUUCGAGUCCAUCGAUCGCGACCACGACGGCCAUGUGGACAAGGAAGAAUUAAAAUCUGCGUUUGCGCGGGCUGGCCUGACGGUCCGAAAAUCCAAGUUGGACCAGUUCUUCUCGGAGAUGGACACAAAUAAUGAUGGGGUGAUUAGCUUCGAGGAAUGGAGAGACUUUCUUCUCUUCCUUCCGGCAAAUCCAACGCAUUCGUCCAAUAUGCGCGCCAUUCUAUCCUACUACUCCGCGACUGGAAAUUUAAAUCCCGAGGGCGAUGUGCACAUAAAUGAACCAUUUCAGGGAUUAGGUACAGACCACCAAUUUCCUACAAGUUCUCUUCCCAAGCCCACCAAUCUUGCAUUGUCUGAUUCUCACACGCCCUCGUCUUUUGCUUCUCAAGCCACUGUACCAGACGUACCAGUGACCCCGUUAGGUCGCGAGUCUCCCCGAGACAAUAUGUAUCGAUAUCACCCCGAUGGCACCGUCAUUCUCCCCGAUGGUUUUGACCCGGAAUGGCUUUCUGUACCCUGGACUGUAUCACUGUGGCUGUACUUCCGGUAUAUUGAACACAUAUUGACGGAAAGCACGCCCCACUUAGGUUACUUUCUUGCGGGCGGAGCAGCGGGCGUUGUAUCAAGAACUGCUACGGCGCCAUUGGAUCGGCUGAAGGUCUAUUUGAUUGCACAGACAAAGUCCCAUUCUAUAGCCGCCAAUGUCGCAAAAUCUGGCAGUGCCGUUGAAGCUGCGGAAUGGAUGGCAUGGCCGCUUGUCCAGGCGCUGAAAGAGCUGUGGCGUGCCGGAGGGAUAAGGAGUUUGUUUGCCGGGAACGGUUUAAACGUUGCCAAAGUUAUGCCCGAGUCUGCUAUCAAAUUCGGAGCAUAUGAGGCUUCGAGGCGUAUGUUUGCGGGAUUCGAAGGCCAUCAUGAUCCAAAGCAAUUGCUCCCAGUUUCGCAGUUCUUGGCCGGUGGAAUAGGUGGCAUGGUUUCCCAUCGUAUGCAAUGCGAAACAGUUGAAGGCGGCCUUCGUGGUAAUCGUCUCAUCAUUGCAACCGCUCAGAAAAUGUGGUCUGCCAAUGGCCUUUUUGCCUACUACCGUGGGCUUCAACUUGGCCUCAUUGGAAUGUUCCCUUUUGCCGCCAUUGAUCUCAUGACCUUCGAAUACCUAAAAUCAACUCUAAUCAGUCGUAAAGCCCGCCUUCUGCAUUGCCACGAAGAGGACGCUCCACUAAGCAACUUCACAACCGGCGCCAUCGGAGCAUUUAGCGGUGCUCUUAGUGCGUCAAUGGUGUACCCGCUCAACGUCCUUCGAACGCGUUUACAGGCACAAGGAACAGUUUUACAUAAACCCACAUACACCGGCGUUAUGGACGUAGCGCGAAAAACGUUUGAAAGCGAAGGAUUUCGUGGUCUCUACAGGGGAUUAACGCCGAAUCUGCUGAAAGUCGUGCCGUCCGUCUCAAUCAGUUAUGUAGUAUACGAGAAUUCCAAGCGACUCCUUGGUUUGGGUUGA